UUGAGUCAGCCUGAAGAUGUCGCUAUGUAUUUCGCCGGCUCUCGUUACUGUUAUGGUGAAGAUUCUCUCUUUCCGCUUUUUCCUCUUCGCAUUGUUAAGCCGCUGCCCUCCGUUUGGUUACAGGACCGCUCAUAUUCAAAGUGUCACAUAUCAUAUAUCAUAUUCAAAGCGUCGUCCUGGCGCAUCUUCUGAAUCUGCUUGCUCCCUUGAAAACGGUGUGGUGAGUGCUGUACACAAGAAGGAGUGCCUCAGAUAUCAAAUCAGAACUUCAAAGGUGAUUAUGGCACGGUGUGAUAAAAUGAAUGGACAGAGAAAAGUGGCUUUAAUCACUGGAAUCACAGGGCAGGAUGGAUCAUAUUUGGCUGAGUUCCUUUUGGAUAAGGGGUAUGAGGUGCAUGGCAUUGUACGAAGAUCUAGCUCAUUUAAUACUGGAAGGAUUGAACACCUAUACAAAGAUCCUCAAACCCAUACAGAAGGAAAUAUGAAGCUACAUUAUGGUGAUCUUACAGACAGCACUUGCUUGGUCAAGAUUAUUAAUGAAGUUAAACCUUCAGAGAUUUAUAAUCUUGGAGCACAGAGCCAUGUUAAGGUUUCUUUUGAUUUGGCUGAGUAUACUGCAGAUGUUGAUGGAAUUGGCACUCUUCGCCUUCUAGACGCCAUCAAAACCUGUGGCUUAACUAACAGUGUCCGCUUUUAUCAAGCAUCCACAAGCGAACUUUAUGGUAAAGUUCAAGAAAUACCUCAGAAAGAAACCACCCCUUUUUACCCUCGCUCUCCUUAUGGUGCAGCCAAGCUGUAUGCCUUCUGGAUUGUUAUAAACUUUAGAGAGGCCUACAACCUGUUUGCUGUCAAUGGCAUUCUUUUCAACCAUGAGAGUCCAAGACGAGGAGCUAAUUUUGUUACUCGAAAAAUUAGUCGCUCUGUGGCCAAGAUUCACCUCGGACAGCUGGAUUGUUUCAGCCUAGGCAAUCUGGAUGCCAAGAGAGAUUGGGGUCACGCCAGGGACUAUGUUGAGUGGCAAAAUUUUUCUUAA